CGGCGCGCCAGUCGCCGCUUAGCCGCCUUGCAGGACGGAGCUCCGCAACAGGAGGAGCAGCAGCAGCAGAAGGACGAAGAAGGAGGGGGCGCGCCUAGCCCCGCCGGCCUGGGCGAGGAGGAGGCGGAGGACCGGGCACCGGCCGGUUCGGGCAAAGGCUGGCAAGCCGAGAAGCCGCGGUAGCUGCUGCUGAAGAUGUCCAACAGUGGCCCCAAUCCAGAAGACAAGCCGCCAGCACCUCCCAUGCGCAAUACAAGCACCAUGAUCUGCUCCAGCGGCAAAGAUGUGGGGACCCUCAAUCACGGCUCGAAACCCCUGCCUCCGAACCCCGAAGAAAAGAAACGGAGAGAUCGUUUUUAUCGCUCCAUCCUGCCAGGAGACAAAGCCAACAAGAAGAAGGAGAAAGAACGGCCGGAAAUCUCCCUCCCGUCAGACUUCGAACACACGAUCCACGUUGGAUUUGACGCCGUGACAGGCGAAUUUACAGGCAUGCCGGAGCAAUGGGCCCGUUUGCUCCAGACGUCCAACAUCACCAAACUGGAGCAGAAGAAGAAUCCUCAAGCCGUCCUCGACGUUCUCGAAUUCUACAAUUCCAAAAAGACCUCGAACAGCCAGAAAUACAUGAGUUUCACAGAUAAAUCUGCGGAAGAUUAUAACUCCUCAAAUACUCUGAAUGUAAAGGCCGUGUCGGAAACCCCAGCGGUGCCCUCUGUGUCGGAAGAUGAGGAUGACGAUGAUGAAGCUCUCCCUCCGCCGAUCAUCGCCCCUCGGCCCGAACACACAAAAUCGAUUUACACCCGCUCCGUGAUCGAACCUCUUCCGCCAGCCCCAACCAGGGAUGUGACCACCUCCCCCAUCAACUCCCCUUCCGAAAACAGCAUCACGCCCCCCGAUACGCUGGUGAGAAAUGCCGAGAAACAGAAGAAAAAGCCUAAAAUGACCGAUGAAGAAAUCCUGGAAAAAUUAAGAGGUAUCGUAAGCAUUGGGGAUCCCAAGAAGAAAUAUACCAGUUUUGAGAAGAUUGGACAAGGGGCUUCGGGUACGGUUUACACCGCAAUGGAUGUAGCAACGGCACAAGAGGUUGCCAUCAAACAGAUGAAUUUGCAGCAGCAGCCUAAGAAAGAGCUGAUUAUCAAUGAGAUUCUCGUCAUGAGGGAAAACAAGAACCCCAACAUUGUCAACUACCUGGACAGUUACCUUGUGGGAGAUGAGCUGUGGGUUGUCAUGGAGUAUUUGGCUGGCGGUUCGUUGACAGACGUGGUAACCGAGACCUGCAUGGAUGAAGGACAGAUAGCUGCGGUGUGCCGUGAGUGCCUUCAAGCAUUGGAAUUCCUUCACUGCAACCAAGUGAUACAUCGAGACAUCAAAAGUGACAACAUUUUGCUGGGAAUGGAUGGGUCUGUCAAGCUAACUGAUUUUGGCUUUUGCGCCCAAAUCACCCCUGAGCAGAGUAAACGCAGCACCAUGGUGGGGACGCCAUAUUGGAUGGCUCCCGAGGUGGUCACAAGGAAAGCUUACGGCCCGAAGGUGGACAUUUGGUCUCUGGGCAUCAUGGCCAUUGAAAUGAUCGAGGGGGAACCCCCGUACCUCAACGAGAACCCCCUGCGGGCAUUGUAUCUCAUUGCUACCAACGGGACCCCGGAGCUGCAAAACCCGGAGAAGCUCUCCCCCAUCUUUCGAGACUUCCUUAAUCGCUGCCUGGAAAUGGACGUGGAGAAGAGAGGGUCUGCCAAAGAGCUUCUGCAGCACCAGUUCCUGAAAAUUGCCAAGCCCCUCUCCAGCCUCACCCCUCUGAUCGUUGCAGCGAAAGAGGCCACCAAGAACAACCACUGAGGGGAAAAAACAAAAAAAGACCACACCAGCUGUUUCCGAAAUCCUUCUGCGAACAAUUUUUGGUUUUUAUCCUUUUGGGGUUUUUUUUUUCUUUCUUUCCUUCUUCUUUUUUUUUUUUUAAGAAGACUCAUUUUUAAAAAGUUCCUCUUUCGGGAUGUCUGCCCUGUUGCAGAAAUGCCUUUUAAACAUUUUUAAUUUUUUCUUCUUCUUCUGGUGACUUGAAAUCAUGAAAUUCGGACGGAGGAUCCAGAAACAAGACGUACCGCACGGAGUAACUCCGGAGUAACUCUGAGCUUAGGAGCUCUGCCUUUCUUGCAAGACUCCCGUGAAAAGCCUGGCUAAUCACACAACCGUUGCGUUGUUGCCGAACAAACCCUGCAGACCUCUUUGAUCUUUUAACAUACGGAUUUUCAGAACGGAAGAGAGAAAUAAUAUUCCGCAGAAACUUUUUAGAAGACGUUUUUCCCUAAGCGAGAUGCCGUUCUCUUUUAGGCGUUGUCUCGGAGAGCCUAAUUCUUAAAACUACUGAAAAUUUGUUUGGAUUACUUGAAAAACUAGGGCAGGCAAAGAAAAACGUAGACUGUUUUUAUAAUUGCAGGGGGAAAAGAGGUGGAUUUUUUUUUCCCCCUCAACCACUGGAUGUUUGGACAAAGUUUGCAUGCGUCAAAGAAGAUUGAAGUAGUUAGGAUGAAUACCAUGAUCGCCUCCCCCUCCUCGUCCCUUUUUGGAAGAUUAAUUACUCGGUGAUGAUCAUGCAACAUGUUUUGUGUGAGUGUACGUGUCUUUACACACCAAUGUGUGUAUGUGUGUGUGUGUGUGUAUGAGAAACAAAUUGUCCUCUGAUUAAAUCCCUGCGGCUCUUUUCCCAUCUUAACCUGCAGUUUAGGACUGCCUAAUCUUGCCUGGUUGGUUAAUAACUUAAAACAGGACUUUCCAGAUGAAUCAGAACUUCCGUUCCCAGAAUCCCCCUCUUGGCCAGAGGGAUUCUGGGAGUUGAAGUCCAGAACAGCUGGAAAGGGACUGGAUUGGGGUGGGGUGGGGAAGCUGCUAUGGUUUAUAUGAUCUCGGAUUAAACAGUACAGCAAUUUGCUCAUCCGGCUCUUAAUUUAAGAAAUAAGAUUACACAAACUCUAAGAACGGCUUGGAUUUUUUGGGGGUAUUUCUUUGAUGCCCUUGAUAAAGAAUCACAUGGUUUCCCAUUUGCAAAUUUGCAAAAUUCGGCAUAUCAAGACUGGUUUAUCUGGGCAACUGAGAACUCAGUCUGUCCAGGCCCAGCUACGAGUGAGCGCAUCAGCAUAGACUGUCUCUGUGUGUAAGAAAAAGUUUUUAAAUUUGUGCGCUAUGAAAACGAUGGAGGUGAAAUCAGCAAGUUUUGAAUAAACUAGAUCCUGGGUGUUUCA